GUUCCGUUCGAGAUCUAGAAGAUGCAUUUGAUCAAGCCAACGCUACUGCUGCUCGCUCUGACCAUUAGCUCCGGCUGUGUUCUGGCCGAUUCACAGCCAUCAAUUUUGGAAUCGUUGUUGAACGGAUUGGGCGGUGCGGUGGGUGAGGCGCGGCCCUUUCUUAACGGUAUCCUUGGUUCUGAGCAGACCGCCUUGCUCCUAGAUGGGGACUUGAAGGGCAACCUGCAGACUACCAAACGUCCGUUGUCCCAAGAUUUACUUGCACUUGGAGCACAGAUCACCCAAGCUCUGCACAAUGCUGCCACUGAGCUGCUCGCAAAUUUCUCUUCGAUCGUGCAGUCCACGUUGCAGAAUCUGCGUAGUGCCAUAGGAAGUGUGAGCAAUCGUAUCAAGCGGAAUGCCCUGCAAGGGGCCCUAAACUUUUUGGAAGCCAUCAAUGGCACAACCGUGGAGCUGGAGCAAUCACUGGCCGAAAUUAGCGAGCAAACUGAUGAGCAAAGUCGGAAAUUUGCUGCGGAUAUCAAGGAGCAGUGGAACGACUGGGCAGCCGCUCAGCUGGAACGCGUUGAUGCGGAUACCUUGGGUGGCGGCAGCACCGAGGCCGAGGAAAUCAUCGACGAACUGCAGAAUCGCUACACGGCCUAUCUGCACAGCUGCCUGGAUGAGUUUCAGGUGCGCAAGGCCCAGUACGAGCAGAAUGUCCACGGUGCCAUCUCCGCGGUCCAGAGCGCCACCAAUGGUCUGAUUGGAGAAAUCAAUACCUGCCUGAAGCGCUUUUUCGGAAGCAUCACAUGCCGCAGGGACAUCAAUCAGGCCCUCGCCCCUCUCGAGAAUGCACCCAACACACUCGUUAGCCUAAAGCUGGAAAGCCUGCAGAUACUGGGCAAGGGUCUCAAAGCCAGCAGCUGUGUGGGCCAGACCUUGGCCGAUUUUGCCCUCGAAAAGCCCAAUAUAGAGCGCCAGCUGGAGGAGAUCAUUAAGCGCCAUCAGAAGGAGGAAUCUUCCUCUGAAGAAUCUUCGUCUGAAGAGAACUCCGAUGAAGAGAACUCUGAUGAGGAAUCUUCCUCUGAAGAGAACUCCGAUGAGGAAUCUUCCUCCGAAGAAUCUUCCUCUGAAGAAUCUUCAUCUGAAGAGAACUCCGAUGAGGAAUCUUCCUCCGAAAAAUCUUCCUCUGAAGAAUCGUCCUCGGAAGAGAAUUCCGAUGAGGAAUCUGCCUCUGAAGAGGGAUCUGAUGCCGAUGAGGAAUCUGCUUCUGAAGAGGGAUCUGCCGCCGAAUAGAGCCGAAGAUGACUCUACCACAAAAGAGGAUGCAACCACAAUGUAAAUGCAUGUAAAUAUUAAUUGGUGUAGGGUAUUCUUGUAAGCAGCAAUAAAAAACACUUUCAAUGCAACACAGUGA